GUCGUCGCGCAUGCGCAUCCGGUCGAUGGUGCGAGGAGCGAUGAGACAACGCUGGCACGCUUCCUUCGUGAUGGCCCGCUCGAUUCCGGUUGUGUCUCGUGUUUCGACGUUCGUGUGGCAGGUUUUCCAUUUAUCCAUAGGAACGACACGUGACAAAUAAUCGACGACAAUCAUGGAUGAGGAAUGGGAUGUGGACAAUGUCGAGGCGAAAUUCGACCUCGCGAUGAGAUCGAACAAAUGGGAGGGCGAGGACGAAGAGGAAGAUGUCAAGGACAGCUGGGAAGAUGUAGAAGAAGAAAAGAAAGAUGUAGAGAAACCAGCAGAAGCACCAAAAACAAAGUCAAAAUCUAAAAAAGCUUUAGCUGAAAGAAUUGAGGAACGUGAGAAAAAAGCAAGAGAAGAAGCUGAAAGGAAAGCAAAAGAAAAGGAGGAAGCACUUACACCGGAAGAAAGGCGAGUUGAACUAUUAAGACGCCAAAAGUUGCAAGAGGAGGCAGAUUUACGGCUGGCGAUGGAAACUUUUGGUGUGACAGUAGGAGUAGCAAAUGAGUCGUUCGAUGCCAUGGUACCCGACACAAAAGAGGAAUUUGAACAAUUUGGCACAGCACUUUCGCAAAAAAUUAAUCAAUUUAACAAACAUGCAGAAUUUCCAUCAUUUGCAGAAGAGCUUAUAAAAUCUAUUGCUCUUAAUUUAUCCUCAAAUUACUUGAAGAAGGUAAAAACUAUAGUUGACAACUUACUUAUUGAAAAGCAAAAGAUGGAAAAGGGCGAAAAGGCCAAAAAGAAUAAAGGAAAAGGAAAGGCUAAGCUCAAAAUCGAGGGCGACAACACUUUGUUAAGCGAAUACGGUGAUUAUGUAUAUGAUGAAUAUGACGAUUUUAUGUAGCGACUUUUCACAUAUUCAUACAUUCUAGUCGCCUAAAUAAAUGCAGAGAAAUAUUAAUUUGCAGAUUUAUACAGAAACUUUAUAUUUGUAUUUUCUGCAUAUUGAAUUGUAACCAAAAUGUACAACAGUUUAAACUAUAAUCAUGCUGUUUACACCUAACAAAAUGAAGAAAUAGAAAUGAAAAUAUUAUAUUAUCGAUAAAAUUACUUAAAAACAAACACUUGAAUAACUAUAGUAAUGAUAUAGUACUCACAGUUAUCAGUACUCAGUUAUUUGAAAGAGUUAAAUUUUUAUCAUUUACAUGUUGUGUUUUAUUGGAUUUUUAUUCAUGUGUCAUUCAUUUAUUAAAUUUUCAAUUUAAUUUAUAUUGAUGUAUAUUAAUAUAUCAAUAACUAUAUAUUUUCAAUAUUGAAAAUAUUGUAUGUAAUAUUUGCGCGACUCUAUUUCCUUAAUUGUGAAUUUAUUAACAUUAAGUAGAAUGGAAAGGGUGGAAUCACAUUCAUAUCUUUGGGUUGUAAUUGUAUCCUGUAAACUGUUAAAAAAGAAAUCUUGUCUUUAUAGCUAUGUCAUUGCAAAUUGAAUCCUGUAAUUAGACAUAUGGAAGUUUUAUAUAUAAUACAGCUUAUACAUACAUACCCAUACACACAUACUUUUAUUGAAGAUCAAUUACAAGUUGGUUUUGAAAAGAGUAUAUUCCUAAAUAAAGGUUGAUUAUAAAUUA